CUGGCAUAGCCUCACUAUGAGCUGCUACAACUGCUCGGAGCCCCGGGUCCUCUGCAGCUCCGGGCAGCUGUUCCUGCAGCCCCUCUGGGACCGCCUGAGGACCUGGGAGGCCCUCAUCCAGUCGCCCUUCUUCCCGGUCAUCUUCUCGAUUACCACCUACGUGGGCUUCUGCCUGCCCUUCGUGCUGCUGGACUGCCUGUGCCCCCGGGUGCCCGCGCUGCGGCGCUACAAGAUCCACCCCGACUUCUCGCCGUCCGCCGGGCAGCUGCUGCCCUGCCUGCGGCAGACGCUGUACCAGCACGUGGUGUUCGUGUUCCCCGUGACGCUGCUGCACUGGGCGCGCAGCCCGGCGCUCCUGCCCCCCGACGCCCCCGAGCUGCUCCAGCUGCUGUGCCAUCUCGCGUUGUGCCUGCUGCUCUUCGACACCGAGUUCUUCGUGUGGCACCUGCUGCACCACCGGGUGCCCUGGCUGUACCGCGCCUUCCACAAGGUGCACCACCAGAACCCGUCCGCGUUCGCGCUGGCCACGCAGUACAUGAGCGUCUGGGAGCUGUUUUCCUUGGGCUUCUUUGACAUGGUGAACGUCCAGCUGCUUGGGUGCCACCCUCUCACCGUCCUGACUUUCCACGUAAUCAACAUCUGGCUGUCAGUGGAGGACCACUCCGGCUACGACUUCCCUUGGUCCACUCACAGACUGGUGCCCUUCGGUUGGUACGGGGGCGUGACUCACCACGACCUGCAUCACACGCAGUUCACCUGCAAUUUCGCCCCGUACUUCACACACUGGGACAAAAUCCUGGGAACUCUGCGGCCCGCGCCGGUGUCGGGGUGCUGAGGUGGCUGCGGUGGGUGCCCUCUAGACCCGAGACCCUGUGCCUUUCACACUUAAAUAAGUAGAAACACAUCUGAGCUAUAUUUUUUUAAAGCAACUAACUUAUUGACUGAUGAAACUGUCAUAGAUAAAAUCUGAUGUAUUUUUGUAGUCUGACAAAGUCAUAUUUAAAUGUUUGUGCACCAAUGCAGUCGUAUUCUUGGUGUUAAAUUCUAGCUCCAGUAGGCUUGAUUCCGGGAUAUAAAUUAGGCAUUUAUCAGUGGCAAAUUUAAAUCAUCUCUAAAAGAAUUUGCUUGUAAAAUAAGGAAUACCCUAUGUUUGGAAGUGCCUUGGAAGAACUUGAUUAAAAGAACUUUUUUUUUUUUUUUAUGAAGAGUCUUGACUUCUGGUGGUCCUGCUGGACAGUUGACUAAGAUUAUAGUGCUUUUUUCUCUAUUUUUCCAUAGAACUGUGUAUUUAUUUUGAAAGAAAUGUUAUUUGUGCUUUGGAAAAGAAAAAAAAAUAAGAACAUGAACCAAAUAAGUACUGGCUCCUGUUUUACUGACGUUUUGACUGAUAAAAACUUAAGAAGGGAAGAGGGAGCUGGAUGGCAAGUAUCCUUCAGGGUCCAUCAGCCCUGCCAGGGAAAGAGAGGCAUAUGGUGUGUGUGUGGGGGUGGGAGGGAAUUGUUUUGUUGCUGGGUGUAGGGGAGAAAGAGACAAGAGGAAGAGUCUGUUGGUUGCAGUAGUUUUCAACCUGUGGGUCGCGACUCCUUUUUAACAAUGAAAAUACAUUAUGGCAUUAGGAAGGUUGAGAACCACUGGGGGCAUUCACAGAGGGAAAACCACAAUUGUUCUGAGUGCUUUUCAGCUGAUUUCUACGUAAUAGGCAAAUGAUAGAAUUACUCUGUAAAUUAUACAGAGAGGUUAACACUGGGCAACGAUUGGAUUAUUUGGGGGGAGAUGUUGGGGGAAUGAUCAGAAUUGGAGGAGUGCCUUGUUUUGAAAAAUUGAUAAAUCAAGUAUUUAUGCUAGAGCUGCUGGUGGGUACAGAAAGGGAUUCUGAGUAACCCCCCUUUCUAUGUAGCCAUACUCAGCUAGUGCAAAUGAUUAUUAAGACAUUACCUUUGCAAUCUGGAAUUUUUGUAUAUUCCAUUUUUUUUUUAAUUAAGGUGUAUUUGUAACACAUACAGCCCUUCCUCAAAGAAAGAAUAAGUAAAAUUUUGC